CUUAGACAGAGACAAAGAGCCAACGAGAAGAGAAGACAAUCACGAGAACUUCAGAGAAGCAAAUAUAUAUACUUUUUACAGUAGCCUACAGUCAUCUAUCAAGAAGGAGUUAAGAUGCAGCCAGUAAACAUCUCCAUGUUCUGUUUUAUGCUGUUUCUCAAUGUACAGCUUUUCAGCGCAUAUCCUGCGUACAGCGACAAAUGGACCAACGAUGACAUGGAUGUCUUAAAGGUGCUGCUUCAGCGACUGGAGGACUCCAUUCUUGAACCAAGAGAGGUCACGCCAUAUCAGGCCGAGAUGUCGGAAAGAACGCACUUCGAGAACAUUUCUACAAAGGAAAGCAGCGAGCAACCUCAAGAGAAAAUCGACCAAGCCAAAGAGUUUCUUUCGGCCAAGGAUUUGAAAGCUGUCCGUGGCGACUCGUCAUCAAAGAGAUAUUCAGGGUGCUUUGGUCGGAAAAUGGACAGGAUCGGUUCCAUGAGCAGUCUGGGAUGCAAGACUGUGAGCAAACGUAAUUGAAAAGGGGAUGAAGUCUUACACGGUGGACACCUGAGACUGCCGAGUCAUUACAAACCUGAAGUUUUAAACUUGAUAUUUAUUUAUGUGUAUUUAUUCCUAAAUAUUUAUUAAACUUUAUUUAUGGCAUACUUUUGUAUUUUCAAUGAAACAUCAAAAGUGAUUUAUACCUGACCGUAUCUGUGUUGUAAUUCAAACAAUUAAAACUGAUAUUUGAGCAAA